AUGGGCAAUUACUGGGGGAAAUUCAAGUUAGCGUUCGCAGCAGCGUCGGAAGAAGCCGAGCGAACGCGCAAGGACUUCGCUUCAUGGCUCCUGAGCUCUUUCUGGGGACUCCUGUUCGACCUCUCCACUUGUAUCUUCAGCCUGCUCUCUGUCGGCAUCUACAUCUACCAGACGUACUUUCCCGACCUGAGUGUCGUUUCGGAAUCUCAGAAGAAUGUGCUGAGCUCUCUGGAGCAGAUCGAGCUGAUCAUCACCUUCAUCUUCCUGUCGGACUUCGUCAUCUACCUGUACGCGGCGGAGAGCCGUCUGAAGCACCUCAUUCAGCCCCUCAUAGUGGUUGACUUUGUCACAAUCAUGCCGGCCCUUGUGAUCUUUGCAGUGAAGCAGUCUAUGAACGCCCAGUCCUCUCCUGUCGACAAGGCUUCUAAGCUCAACUUCCUCCGAUUCGUCCGCGUCCUCAAACUCUUACGAGUCCUGCGGCUGAUCCGCACAACCCGCGGCCGGCCGCAAGUGGGAACAGAAGUGACGCGGCAGAUCUUUACCAUGGUUCUGACGGCUCUGAGUUUGAUCUUCUGCUUUGCCGGGCUGAUUCAAGUCGUCGAGCUCACGUUUCGAUCGCCCGAGGACCUAGCGGAUAUCUGGAACCACCCAGAGCCAGGCUUCUCCUUCCACGAUGCUGUCUACUUCACCAUCAUUACAGUUUCCACCGUGGGGUAUGGAGAUUUCUAUCCGACGACGGUCCUGGGAAAGUUCCUUACGAUGAUUAUGAUCCUCUCUUCUCUUGCGACCAUCACCGACCAGAUCAACAAGCUGAUGGAGCUCCUUUCUAUGGCUUCCCCAUGGGCCCGCGCGACCUACCAGUCGGCAAAGUACCCGCACGUGCUGCUCUGCGGUAACGUGACCCACUCAUCCAUCCGAGACUUCCUGGAAGAGUUCUUUCAUCCCGAUCACGGCAUGAGCGACACUAAGGUAGUUAUCCUCGGCAACCAGGUCCCCAGCGCGUCCCUCCUCUCCCUCCUGAGCAGCGCCAACUACUCGCUCCGCACGGUGUACCUCGAGGGCUCAGCGUUGGUCGACAAGGACCUUCAGAGGGCAGACAUCAUCAACUGCCUUUGCGUCUUCAUCCUCUGUGACAAGUUCGCGGAGGAUCCCUUCGCAGAGGACAGCAGCAACAUCAUUCGCGCGAUCAGCAUCAAGAAGUACGUCAGCGCUCGGAGGCCCGGGGAGGAUAUCCGCAUCAUCCUGCAGCUGCUGAGGCCGGAGAACCGUCAUCACCUCAACGUGUCCACGUGCGGGGGUACGGACGUGCAGAUCAUCUGCAUGGACGAAAUCAAGAUGAACCUGCUGGGCAAGAGCUGCCUGUGCCCUGGCUUCUCAACUCUCAUAUCCAACCUCAUGAUCUCCUCCGGUCAGAGCGGCGACGAGUGCGAGCGAUGGAUGACGGAGUACCUGUCGGGGAGCGGCAAAGAGAUAUACUGCACGACCCUCAGCCCCUCUUUCGGGGGCAUGACCUUCAACGAAGUUUGCUCCCAGCUUUACAGGGUUACAGGAGCAACGCUGUUUGCCGUUGAGAUCACCGACACGCUAGGGUACAGCAGGGUCAUCCUCAACCCUGCCCGCUACCGGAUCCCUCCCAACACCAGCCCCGUCGUCUUCCUGAUCGCAGAGGACGUCGAGGACGCGGACUCAGUGAGGACCUUUGGUCUCGAGGAGGAGGAGGACAACCUCUCGGAGGAGUUGGGGAGCGCCCAGCUGACGACCACGGGCAAGUACCCGCAGGACGACUCGACCAUCGUCUACACUUCCCAACUCAUGUCCAGGCUCGAGCGCGUGUACCACGUCACGAGCGACCCGGUCUCGAUCGAGUCGCGCACCAUGAGCACGCUAGAGACCAUGACAGGUCACGUCCUGAUCUGCGGUAUGCACAAUGACCUGCAUCACUUCGUCGCGACCCUCCGGCCGAAGCACAUCUCCCGCGACCUCCUCCCUCCCAUCGUCAUCCUUAACCCCGAGCUCCCGCCCCCCAAGCUCUGGAACGAGCUCUGCCACUUCCCCGGCGUCUACUACAUCCAGGGCUCCCCGCUGGAGACGCAGGACCUUGUUCGCGCUGGGCUCCUGGGCCUCAGCAAGGUCAUCAUCUUGUCAAACUCCAACGGCCUCGUCAACCGCAACGACCUGGAGGCCCAUAGCUACCUGGUAGACGCGGAUGCGCUCUUCGUCUACCAGUCCAUCACCAAAGUCCGGCCCGAGGUCCACAUCGUGUGCGAGAUCGUCAACUCCAAGAACCUCGGCUUCCUCGACAUCGACGGGGCCGUCCCGUUCGCCGCGGGGAUGGUGUACGUCAACUCUGUGCUCGACAAGCUCGCAGUGCAGGCCUACUACAACGUCAACCUCGUCCGCAUCCUCCGUGAACUGGUGGUCAACAACUGCGACACUCCCAUCUACUCGGUCCCCAACCUGCAUCCCUCUCAGCUCUCCUUCUUCCCCGUCCCCGUCGACUUCGAGGGCAAGCCCUACAUCCAGCUCUUCCAGUACCUCGUCCUCAAGUGCAUGACGCUGCCCCUUGGCAUCUACCGCAAGUCGGAGAAGUCGAACCCGGUCCCCUACGUCAUCACGUCCCCCAGCGCCGACAUGCUCGUUCACCGGGAGGACUACGUGUACUCGCUGCAGUCGCCGGAGAUGGACGGCAAGACCGAAGGCUUCCUGGAGGUGUGGGUGAUGCGAGGAAAGCACCUGAGCCCGAGCUCCGACGGCAUCCCCCUGGCCUACAGCUGUGAGAUUAGUAUCGCUCCUAUCACUCUGAGCACCAACGAGGUGGAGGGGAGAGGGACGUCGGUGCACUGGAACCAGCGGAUGAACUUCUCGCUGAACAGAGAGUCGAGGAGGAUGAGCCUGAGGAUCGUUCAGUACAGGACCCGCCCACAGCUCGUCUCCUCCUCCACUGUCCACAGGCAGGAGGUGGAGUACGCGACGGGGGAGGUCGACAUUACAGAGCAUGUCAAGUCUCAGCACAGAAGCUCGAUCUGGAGUGAGGAGGAGGAGGAACAGGAGGCGGAGGACAAGGGCAAGACAGGAGGAGAGAUUUGGCUGCCACUGGAGCUCAAGGGGGGGAGCAGGUCGAAGAACCCUCCAGCUGUAUGCGUGAAGUUCAGUUACUACGCUUCCAAGAUCAGGAACAGGAGCGAGACCCCCGAAAGACCAGGGAAUCUCCCGGGAGGAAAGGAGGAGGAGGGGACGAAGGCGGAGGAUGGGAAUGGAGCGAAAACGGAGCAAAGAGAAGAGGUGGAGAAGGCAGAGAGAGAAGAGCGGAAAGAGGAGAGGAGGGGAAAGAAAGGAGAGCGGAAGGAAGGGAGGAGGGAGGAGGGAGCGAGCAUGGAGAACGGAAGCUUUGAAGGAGAGCAACGGGACGGAACGUUUGCUGACUAG